CACUGAGGCAGAACGCGCUCAGAAUGCUGGCGGCGAACACUGCUUACGGUCGCCGUGAAUAUCACCCUUUCGUAGCCGGCAGUUCGACGAGUAUCGCGACCUUUGGCAACGCGGGUACAACGCGCCCGAAAUUCUUCCCGAGGUUCAUCAGCCGGUUGAAAACGUCACCCGAUAUAAGCAACUACGCGGAUCCGGCGUGCGUCGCACGGAUGAAGCGAUUAAAGAAUAGAAAAACAAAUGGAGCUACAAAGAUGGAUCUAAAUAAGAAGAAGCCGGCGGAUUAUAUGGAAUUUGCAUAUAGAGAAGCUAUCUCGAAACUAAAAUAUUUAUUGGCUGAAUCUUACGCGCCAACAGGAAUAUCUGGAAUAAAACCACAAAGUAUUCGGAGCAUGUACAAAAGCAGUAACCCGCGAAUUAGCGAGUCCGGAGAAGACACGGAUGAUCAGAGCAUGAUCAGCGAUAGUUUUCCGAGGAAAAAUCUGCGUGGAAAUACGGUUUCAAAUACUUUUCCUCCUCUUUCGAAGAGUCUUCAGCCAUCGAAAGCGUAUAGCAAUAUAGCGUUAUCAAAGGCAGAUCUCCAAUCCAUUCCGCCAGAGUUAACGUCAUUUAUCGAACGGCAGGAAGACUAUAUCGAGCAGUUGGAACGAGAAUCUCAGUAUUGCAGAGACGAACUGAUCAAUUUGCUAAGCAAAGUUCGCGAGGUCGUAGCUGAAAACGAAGCAUUGCAUAACAGGAAUCAAACUGCAUUAUCUAAGUGCGCUCUGCAGAAUCACAAGGAUCAUUGUACCGGUCAGGCGGAUCAAGAGUGUCGCAAGCAGGACACGAGCGAUCAUCAUGUCGAUAACUUGGAAAGCAAACGAGAAAAAUUUCUGGAAGGGCCCAGCAUAAUGUUUGAAUCGAGAAUCAGUGAAUUGGAGGCGCAGUUGACGCAGGCAAAACUGGAAUUGCGAAAGGCACAGGAGGAAAAUCAAGCAAAUUUAAAACGUUUGUCCGAGACUAGCUCGAAUGAGGGCAGCAUCGAAUUGAAAGUCGAAUUAGACAAGGCUCUACGCGCCAAAUACGAGGCCGAGAUGAAGCUGGAGGAACUACAAAAAUUGUUGUCAGCCGCGAAAGAUAAAGAGACUGAGGCGAUGCAAAAAGCGAAACGAUCUGUGGACGAAAGACAACAGAUUGAGUUCGAGAGGAGUCAAAGUGAAAUGGAGAUUCGGAGACUGAAGGACGAGCUGGAAAGGCAACACGAGAAGUUACGGGAGGCCGCCCAAGAAGCGAAUAGACGUAUAACCGAGGAAAGGCAACAUAUAGAACGUCGAUACAAUCAGCAAAUCGAGCAAUUCACUGCUGAUAUCGCGUCCCAUUGGGAAACCGCUAAUAAAGCGCAAUUGGAAUCUGAAAAACUGCGACGAGAGAUUAACGAGUUAAAACGAGAAUUAUCUCAGAAACAAACCACCAUUGAUAAUCUGAAAAAAGAGUUGCAAAAUAAGAUCUCUACUUUGCAAAGCGAUCUUAAUCAGGCAUUAAGCGAGAAAGACGCGGCGGAGCAAGAAAUUUUAACAAGCAAAUUGGCAGCUGAACGAAAUGAAAGACAAGCUCGUCAAGAACAGAAUAGAUUGCAGGCAGAGAUAAAUUCGUACAAGCAACGUCUGGAAAGAGCGGAUGCAGAUCUCGUACAUUGCAGACGAGAAAAUCUAAGACUGAUGGAGCAAAUAGCGUCUUUGGAAAAAGAGAUCAAUAUGAAUAAGAUUGUACGUUCCGAAGAUCAUAAAGAGAUUACACCUAGAUUGGAAAAUGAAAAGGAAUUGACUUCAAUGAUAAUGGACAUGGGGACUAAGCAUGCUGCCACGGUGGCGGGCCUAGAAGAAGCUUUGAAUAGUCAAGCCACGCUCGUCUCGAGACUGACUGCCGAAUGCCAAUCUCUCACACAGCGUUUGGAAGCUAACAAUCUUAAACACAAGGAAGAAAUGGCCGACCUACAAAACAACAUAGAACACUUGUCAAAUAAGAUACAAGGCAGUUUUGCAAGUCAUGAAGGAGGAACUCUUAUGGAAAUUAACGAUAAUAUUGGAACUUUUCAUUAUAACACAAUGGAUUCAGCAGCCCCGUCGCAUGUAAAGGAAUUACCAGUCGGUGCUCAAACGAUUCAACAGGAAUAUGAUACCGCGAGCGAUCAACAUGUAGAAGUGAACGCGCCAAAGGAAAACGAUCAAUCGACGAAUGACUUGUACGACUCGUCGGGCGAUCAAAGAUAUAUUAUGGAAAACAAUUUUGCGCCGAAUGCAAUGGAAACUAUGGAUCAGCAAGUGUAUCAACAGGAAGAAGCGGGUCACAGUAAUGAGGAGUAUAUAGCGGACGAUUCAAAUAUGGAUGCUUAUAUGGUGGAGCAAGAACAUAAUCAAUAUAAUGAUUACAGUCCCUCACAGUACCAAGAAGGACAGUAUGUUAACGGCGAACAGUUCAAUGUAAUAGCGGAGCAGAUGGACAAUAAUCAGACUGUCUCCGAUGUAGCCAGAUCAAAUACUGAAGCUUUACACUAACUUUAUAUUAACGAUAUACGCGCAUAUACAUACAUAUAUAAAUAUAAUCCGAAGAAUCUCUGUAUUAA